AUGGACUGGCGGCAAUGGACUAGCCUGUUCCGGCCCAGGCGAUUUUCUCGUGUCUUCUUGGGGAUUGUGGCCAUCCUGGGCGUUGUCAACUUUGUUCCAUAUUUGUAUUCAAGUAGUUCUCAAUGUAAAUACACGGAAGAGUAGGUUUUCAGUUUAUUUUCUGUUCAGGGAAGGUUCUUGGUUUAUUAACUUCGUUUAUUAAAAAUGUUUUUGCUUCAGAGACAUGAUUGACUUUUGUCUGAAGCCAAAUAAAUGGGGAGGAUUCAAAGAUCGUCUGAGAGAACAACAACGGAUAUUUGCGUCGAUCAGAGCUGAACAUCAAGAGCUUAUCCAAAAGUUGGGCGAGGCAACCGCGCAAUUAGAAGAACUGCAACGAAGAAUUCCGCUGAAGAGUACGUUUUCUUUAAUUUUAAUUGGUUUGUCUUUUAGAGGAUGAAAUCUCCAGGCUGGAAUUCAAGAUUGAGGAACUGAAACUGAUCCAACGGGACUUGAAAGAUCGUCGGAGUGUUAAAAUCGAGCUUCCGAAACCUCCAAUAGGCCUUAAAUCAACUUUGCGUUCUGAUACUGCGUCACAAAACCUUACACACGACGGUUAUUCCACUUUCUGGUCGUUGGAGAACUCUUUCGACUUCAGCAGAUGUUCCAUUGCCUCCCGGUUUCCUGUUUUCUUUUAUCCGUCAUCAAGUUCUGAGUUAAAGUUUCUUUCUGCAAACCUAAUGGCAUCCCCGUAUCGAACAACCAAUUCGUCGCAAGCAUGUAUUUUUGUGAAGAUCCUUGAGGACGGUGAAGAUGUCUCAAAAUUGGAUUAUUGGGGAGACCACGGAAGAAAUCAUCUUCUUAUUCUUCAUGGAACUGCAAAGAACUUGGAUCACUUUGGUGCUGCUGCCAUCGUAUCCCAAUUCUUUGACCAGUAGGUUUAUUUUUUUUUGAACAUUCCGUCGGAAUUUUUAAAUAUUUUUCCUGGUUUCCGUUCAUGUUUGUUUGACAUUUCAGAGGAAUAUUUCGCGAUUUUGAUCAAGAGCUCUAUUUGAGGACGGCCGAUAUUGUUGAUUUUCACGACCUUCCUGCUCUUUUACCGGAAAAGAUUACUGUAAGUUGCUAAUUGUCAUGUGUAAUAUAAAAUGUUCCUACGUUUUAAUCGUUCAUUUAGUACCUUCUCUCUUAUCAAAUUGGAAGCGACAAGUUGUCGAACAUGAUCAAAGAAGAUUUGAAAAGCCUGGAGAAAUCUGGUAAAUCAUCAAUGGAUCAGAUGUUCAUUGAUUUUGAUUGCACAGUGCGAAAGGACGAAGGAUUAUGUGGAGAUUAUGAUGAAAGGCGUAAGAUUGUUGUGGAUUUGAUAAAUAUGUGAUUUAUUUUCCAGGAGCAAUUGCUCAGCAAUCAACUUUUGCCUUGAUUUUUGAUGACCAGCCUUCAUUUUCUCGGCGGUUUUAUGAAUCACUCAAGUUUGGAUCCAUCCCAGUGAUCAUAAAAACGGGACGAAGGAGAUGUCAUCUCCCUUUUGACGGAUACAUUGAUUGGAGGAUGGCCUCCUUAUCGGUUCCAGAAGCUCGUUUUCUUGAGCUCCACUUUAUUUUAAGAAGUUUUGAAUUGGAAGAUUUGCUCGAGAUGAAGAGAAAAGGGCGGUUUUAUUUGGAAAACUACCUUCUGAAUAGCAAGGGUAAGCUGAUUUUAAAGGAUUUAAAUGAUAAUGUUUUUUAAGUUAUUGUGAAUACUCUAUUAUCGUAUCUUCGGCAUCGACUUUUGAUCCCCGGACUUCAAGCAAAAACUGUGGCUGAUGUGGAGAGCUCAGAACCAGUACUUACUUACCCGGCCCCAUCAACCAGACCCCCAUAUGAUGAUGAAUUCCUAGGGCCAGUUGAACCACCGUAUAACUCCCCAGCCUAUAAUCACAACUUUUCGGCAAUUACAAUGGUAAUUAUGCUAUGCUUGAUGUUUUAUAUUAUAAUGAUGAUUUGGUUAUGCUUUUGUGUUUUUAAUAGAUGCUGCUUUUUAGUACGGCUCCCGGUUAUGGAACGAACUCCCAUCCCAAGUCCAUUCAUCCCCUGAAUUCCUCACAAUUUCAUCGCCAUUACCUUCAGAUGUGGAGUUCAGCGAGCAUCUGAGUGCCGGGAUGAGACCAAUCGGGCCUGGAUCUGGUUCCAGCUUCAGUCAGAGCCUUGGGGGAAAUAGAAUCAGAGAGCAGUUUACGGGUAAGUUAGUACAUAUUAGUUUGUCGUAAUUGAUUCGGAAAACAAGGUCUUAUCAAAUAUAAUCUUCUCUAUUAAACCACUGUUGCAGCCGUAAUCCAGACAUAUAAUCGAGAUUCUGUUCUCAACACCACACUUGCCGAUCUGAACCGACUUCCCUAUUUGAAUAAAGUGAUCGUAGUUUGGAAUAAUAUGGACCGAUCUCCAGACCCCCUUCUUUGGCCCAAGCUUCAUUGCCCCAUCGUGUUCGUCAAGCCCAUACAGAACUCGUUGAAUAAUCGUUUCAUGCCCUUGGAACACAUCAAAACCGAAGCCGUUUUAAUGUUGGAUGAUGACAUCGAACUAAAACAACACGAGAUUGUAUUUGCAUUCAAAAGUGUGUGGAGAGAGAAUCGUGAUAGAUUGGUCGGAUUUCCUGCAAGAUAUCAUUGCAGAUACGACGACAAUCAGGUGUAUUACAACUCUAAUCACACUUGUCAAUACAGUCUGAUAUUGACUGGGGCCGCAUUUAUUCAUAAGGUAAGGUAAUACUUGCUUUGGAUGUUAUUAAAGAGGUAUUGGAUAUUCUAAGUAACAAUGUGGAUAAUUUGGAUAUUCAUUUGUAGGAGUACCUUCGAAUGUACAAUGAAAUGAUGCCUGAAAUGGUCAAGGAUAAGGUCGAUGAGUGGAUGAACUGCGAAGAUUUAGCCAUGAACUUUUUGAUCGCUCAUUUGACAAGGAAACCCCCAAUGAAAGUGACUAACAAAUGGACAUUGAGGUGGGAUAUUAAUCAUUGGGAAAUACAGCAUCUUGUCUCUCCUUCUAUAAUAUAAUAUUUCAGAUGUCCAACAUGCGAAGAUUCCCUGUUCAAACAUGAAAAUCAUUACAAUCGACGUCAUGAUUGUAUCAGGCUAUUCACCAAAAUAUUUGGAUACAAUCCGUUGCUAUACACUCAGUUCCGGGCUGACUCUGUUCUUUUUAAAACCCGCGUUCCCGCUGAACAUUCCAAGUGCUUUAGGUAUGUGUAACCCACUCAAUUUGUACAUUCUGCUCAGUCUAAAGGAGUCUCCUAUUAUUUUUAUUUUUUUGCAUUGCUAUCAUUCUCAUUGUCACUGCCUUAUCGGUACUACUACCUACACCUUACAUCUCCUUUUUCUAGCCAUAUCUCUUCCAAAUACCGGGUAAUUAUCUCAUACUUCAGCUAUGAAAUUAAUAAACAGUCUUUUGAACAUGACCAAAAUUAA